AUGAGCAAGAUGUCGGGGGAGGAGGAGUUUUAUCUGUUCAAGAACAUCUCCUCGGUGGGGCCGUGGGAUGGGCCUCAGCACCAUAUCGCCCCUGUCUGGGCCUUCCACCUCCAGGCAGCCUUCAUGGGCUUUGUCUUCUUUGUAGGGACGCCACUCAAUGCCACAGUGCUUGUGGCCACACUGCGCUACAGAAAAUUGCGGCAGCCACUCAAUUAUAUUCUGGUCAAUGUGUCCCUGGGAGGCUUCCUCUUCUGCAUCUUCUCUGUCUUCACCGUCUUCAUCGCCAGCUGUCAGGGAUACUUCGUCUUUGGUCCCCACGUCUGUGCUUUGGAGGCCUUCCUGGGCUCUACAGCAGGUCUGGUAACAGGCUGGUCACUGGCCUUCCUGGCCUUCGAGCGCUACGUUGUCAUCUGUAAGCCCUUCGGCAAUUUCCGCUUCAGCUCCAAGCACGCACUGAUGGUGGUCCUGGCCACCUGGACUAUUGGUAUUGGAGUCUCCAUCCCACCCUUCUUUGGCUGGAGCCGGUUCAUCCCCGAGGGCCUGCAGUGUUCCUGUGGCCCCGACUGGUACACCGUGGGCACCAAAUAUCGCAGCGAGUACUAUACCUGGUUCCUCUUCAUCUUCUGCUUCAUUGUGCCUCUGUCCCUCAUCUGCUUCUCCUAUUCUCAGCUGCUGGGGGCCCUCAGAGCUGUUGCAGCCCAGCAGCAGGAGUCAGCUUCAACCCAGAAGGCUGAGAGGGAGGUGAGCCGCAUGGUGGUGGUGAUGGUGGGAUCCUUUUGUCUCUGUUAUGUGCCCUAUGCUGCCCUGGCCAUGUAUAUGGUCAACAACCGUAACCACGGGCUGGACUUAAGGCUUGUCACCAUUCCUGCCUUCUUCUCCAAAAGCGCUUGUGUCUACAAUCCCAUCAUCUACUGCUUCAUGAAUAAGCAGUUCCAGGCCUGUAUCAUGGAGAUGGUGUGUGGGAAGCCCAUGACGGAUGAGUCUGACAUGUCCAGCUCCCAGAGAACGGAAGUUUCUACUCUCUCUUCCAGCCAAGUUGGCCCCAACUAAGAUGCCAUACUGGCCUAUUUGCAGCAACUAGGAUUUCUCAUUUAAGGAAAUUUCUUUCUCUGCUAACAACACAGAAAACAAGUGGGAAGGGGAGUGAUGGCAAUUUGGGGAGUCAACUUUCCAUUUUCCUAUUAUUAUCUUCCUACCUAUAAAGCUACUGUUCCAGCUGGGUCCACCUGAACACCCCAUAACCCAUUUCAACAGUCAUCAGUUUCCACUUCUAAGUGGCACUAUUCACAGCACUUGGAGAACCCAUCUUUACAUACCAGGUACUAUAAAGGGGUAUGGCUGAGUUGUCAGUGUAUGAAUAACAAGUAUUUUCCUUUCAGUAACAUUUUUUUUUCCUGCUGGGGAUGUUAUGAUAUAUUCUGAAUUAGAAUAAACUUAAGAAAACACCUUAGAAAUAGGAGAGA